AUCCUCAUCUGGAUAUCCAUUCAGCCUCGCUUUGAUUCAGAUAUUUAAACCUCCUGUCCCCAAGGAUACCAAUCUCCCCUCUUCAUCUAACACACUCUCUACUCAUCAUGGGUAAAGUAUUGAUGGUCCUUUAUGAUGGCGGCGAGCACGCCAAAGACCAGCCCGGUCUGCUCGGUACCACUGAGAAUGAGCUCGGCAUUCGCAAGUGGCUCGAAGACCAGGGCCACACUCUGGUAACCACUUCCGACAAGGAGGGCCCUGACUCCGUCUUUGAGAAAGAGUUGGUUGACGCCGAAGUCAUCAUCACUACUCCCUUCCACCCUGGAUACCUCACUGCAGAACGUCUUGCCAAGGCCAAGAACCUCAAGCUUGCUGUCACUGCCGGUAUUGGAUCCGACCACGUCGAUCUCGAUGCCGCCAACAAGACCAACGGCGGUAUUACCGUUGCGGAGGUCACUGGCUCCAACGUCGUCUCCGUCGCUGAGCACGUUGUCAUGACCAUUCUUACUCUCGUUCGCAACUUUGUUCCCGCACACGACCAGAUCCGCAACGGAGACUGGAACGUUGCUGCUGUUGCCAAGAACGAAUUCGAUUUGGAAAACAAGGUCGUUGGCACUGUCGCCGUUGGCCGUAUUGGUGAGCGUGUCCUGCGGCGUCUCAAGCCCUUUGACUGCAAGGAGCUUCUUUACUACGACUACCAACCCUUGAAACCCGAAGUUGAAAAGGAGAUUGGCUGCCGUCGGGUCGACACUCUUGAGGAGCUGGUCUCCCAGUGUGAUGUUGUCACCAUCAACUGUCCUCUCCACGAGAAGACCAAGGGUUUGUUCAACAAGGAGUUGAUCUCCAAGAUGAAGAAGGGCUCAUGGCUCAUCAACACCGCUCGUGGUGCCAUUGUUGUCAAGGAAGACGUCGCCGAGGCCGUCAAGAGCGGUCACUUGCGUGGAUACGGUGGUGAUGUCUGGUUCCCUCAGCCAGCUCCCAAGGAUCACCCACUCCGAUAUGUCGAAGGACCAUGGGGUGGUGGUAACGCCAUGGUUCCUCACAUGUCUGGUACUUCGAUUGAUGCUCAGAUCCGUUAUGCUCAGGGUACGAAGAACAUUCUCGAGAGCUACUUUUCUGGUCGACACGACUACCGCCCUGAGGAUUUGAUUGUCCACAAGGGUGAUUACGCUACCAAGGCUUAUGGACAGCGUAAGUAAUCAAAAAAUAGGCGUUGGAUAAUGUACAUUGAAUAUUAAUUUGCAUGAUGAAUGAAUUUUGUUUAAUGAAACCUUUACUUUGGAUCCAC